AAAGUACGUCUCUUGUACUGUUCGCUCCAUAGACCGUCAGAAAACACUAUUCUGCUCUUCUAGCUUGAGGUUUUGCCCAAAAGACAAGCAUAGUCUACCGUAUUUGAGACGAGAGACCAGAACUUAGGCGCUAUCAACCGUGUUGUAUUAUUCAUGACACUCGAGGCAUGUGACCAGCCCUCUACCCAUUACUGGGCAUUACUAGUUGCUGCUUCAACAUCACCGAAAUUUAAGGGAAAUUGUGCUCAUUCUACUGUUAAAUUCGACUAUCUUCCCGGCGAUGCAACGAGCGCCUCGAGUUUGCAGUCUCAGGCUUCGGGCUACACAUCAGUGAACAUGGGCUAUCGAGGUGCUUGGAACAUUAUCUACCGAGGCAUCCUGUAUCUCUAUACUGCCAAAAACCAGAAUAUAUGUGAUCCCCGAAAUGAGGAGGACGUAAAAUAUUGGCUCGGGGUUCUGCUCAACCAGCCGUCCAGAUUUGCACUGCCAGAGUGCAUACAGCCAUUCCCAUUACCAUUGCAUGUUGGGUUUGAUUGUGUGAAUACACUCGAUAUGGAUAAGUCAAUCUUGAAGGCAAAAACAUGGAAGGAAAUUCAGUACAAGGAUCCCGACGACCCUCAAAAAAGCACUAUGCUCUCCAUAAACAUUACACUCUUCCAUAUCCAAAUCAAGUCGCAAAAUGUGCAUAUCAGCAGGUCUAUUGACUAUAGAGAUAACGGUGGAUUUGGCCUGGACAAAUGUGUCCCUGUGACAAUGGCCAAUGUUUCCACUCUGCAUUCAGAUGCAUUGGACAAGGAGCUCGUAAAUUUGUGCCAUCCGACACCGUUGGGUCUCUUUCGGCAGCAAUUAAUGGUUGACAUUGUUCACCGCUGGAGAUCAUUCUUCAACGAUCACGAUGCAUGGCGCUCAUCCUGGGUACUCUACCAGACCUUGUGCGAAGCACUUCUCCGGGUUGCUGCGUGGGACUUUGAGAUACAUAACGAUCUUGUUGAACAUAACUUGUCUAAUUCACCGCUGAAUCGUCCUGCGUGGAAGACAAACCCCACUAAUAUUUUCUGGUUCCACCGAGUCCUCAUCGUGUUAUGUCCAGAUGCAUCAAAUGAUCAAUUGUCAACACAGGCAUUGGAUGACGCAGCAUCAUUCUUGAAAGGAGCCACAGCAAAGGUAAUUUUAUUCUCUCUUCCGAGCUUUGUGGUUGCUACCAUGAGCCCCUCCAAGGUCGAAUGUUCGCAGGCAUUCCAACUGCUAAGGCCUUACUCUGAUACCAACUUUGAUCAUUCCUCACCAUUCAAAACAAUGACAGAUGGCCUGCAUCUUUUACCUCAUAUUUUUGCAUCUGUUGGCUGGAGGGGGACAAAGUGGUCGGGGAUCCAGAAUUAUCACCUUCCCAUUGAGGUGUGGGAAAAUAUCUAUCAUUAUUUAGAUACUUGUACGAGGAGGAGGUUUGCACAAGCAGCGCCUUUGUUCGAAUAUAUCUAUUAUUCAUGUAUUUCAGACCUGCAUGGUGUCAGGACAGUGGGGCUACCCCUUCAGCGUUGGGAUCGAUAUUCGAGGCACAGCAUCAUAAAAAAGAAUGGGUUGAACGGAAAGCUAGCGUCGGUACAAAGGACAAGAGACCGCGCCUUGUUUGCAAUCUAUUUCAGAGGGCUUUCUUCGGGCUUGGCGUACGCAAUGAGUUUCGAUGCAUAGGAGCCGCAGCAAAGAUAUUUGGAAGGGUUUCUGACACGAUCAUUAUUCCCUAAUUAAACGCGGAGAACAGCACAGGGAUUUUUC